CUUAAAGAUGUAUUUAUUUUGUUAGAGCCGUAAUGGUGUGACACCGCGUCCAGUUUCCUCCUGGCUACGGUGGAUCCCGCUGAGGAUCGGGCAACUGCUGCUACCAGUCACUGACAGACAGUAAGAAGUAUCAUGGCGGAGGCAGGACAGGGUGAAUCAGAGCAGGACAUCGAGAGUAAGAUUGAAGAUACACGACAGAGGUUUAAAAGCGAAUAUGUGGAAGUGUCAGGAGAGUCUCCAGGUCCCUAUGACCCCAGAGAUGUGGAGAAACUCUUCAGAGAUGAUAGUCUGGUGGAGAGCUACCUCACAUGGAGACACUUUGUUGUGGAGGACACCUUAAAAAUGAUCGAUGAGAGUCUUCAGUGGAGAAAGGAGUACAACCUCAAUGACCUCACAGAGAACAGUAUUCCACGCUGGAUGUUUGAAACCGGUGCCGUGUACCUGCAUGGCUACGACAAAGAAGGAAACAAACUCUUCUGGUUCAGAGUGAAGCUUCAUGUUAAGGAUGCUAAGACAGUAGUGGAUAAGAAGAAAUAUGUGGCGUUCUGGUUGGAGCGUUAUGCCAAACGUGAGCCUGGAAUGCCACUGACUGUUGUGUUUGACAUGACCGAGUCCAGCAUCGGAAACAUCGACAUGGACUUUGUCAAGUAUAUCAUUAGCUGCUUUAAAGUCUACUAUCCAAAGUUUCUUUCAAAAAUGAUCAUGUAUGAGAUGCCAUGGAUCAUGAAUGCUGCCUGGAAGAUAGUGAAGACAUGGCUCGGUCCUGAAGCCAUCAGUAAACUCAGAUUCGUCUCUAAGAGUGACAUCCAGACGUUUAUUGACCCCGAGCAUCUUCCACCGUACAUGGGAGGAACGGACCAGUUUAAGUACAGUUAUCCUCCUUUACCUGACGAUGACUUCCAGUCUCCAAUCUGUGAGAACGGUCCAGUGAUCAGUGAGGAUGAAAGUGACAUCAAAGACCUCGAAUCUGAAUCCAAAGAGACCCUGGAGUCCAGCUUCAGUUCUGAGCAGAAUAUCAAACCCAAGAAGGUGAACUUUCAAGAAGAAGGUCAGAGGUCAGAUGACCUUGAGAGAAGUGACAGUCGACUGAGAGGGGUUAGAAAACCUACAACCACUUUUAAAGCCCCUUUACUGCACAUCAGUCCAGCAGAAGAGCUCAGUUUUGGUGCUAAAGAAACCGAGAAGAAGUGUUUGAUCAUUCUUAACAACAUCACAAAAAAUCAUGUGGCUUUUAAGGUCAGGACAACGGCUCCAGAGAAAUACAGAGUAAAGCCCAGUAACAGCAGCUGUGAACCUGGAGCCAGUGUGGAUAUCGUGGUGUCACUUCAUGGAGGUUUCCAGGCGUCCCCGCAGGACCGUUUUCUGGUCAUGGCUGCAGAGAUGGACUCAAACACUGGAGCUGCUUUACCUGAUCUGGCUCAGUUCUGGAAAGAAGUUCCCAAAACCAAAGUCAUGGAGCACAGGAUACGAUGUCAUGUUCUAGAGACUCCACAGUUUGUUCACAGUAAUUCACUGGAAAGUUUAUCAGUCACAUCCACCAAUGAGAAUCAAGACCUGCAGACGACGCUGCAACGUCUCAUGAUCACAAACUCACGGCUGGAACAGAAACUGGAGAUGUGUCUUUGGGUACAGAAGGUUCUUCUGGUUCUGGUGUCAUUUCUAUUGGCUCUCAGCUUUAUGACGUCAUACUCGCUGUGGCAGUCAUGAAGCAGAUCCGUCACGGCCUCCACACGCACUAUACAAGCACCUGAAGAUUCUCAGCCGGUUGGACUUUAACCUGGAGACACACGGACUCCAUUUUAUCUGUUUACUUAUCAAAGGACCAAAAUGAAGUUUGACUCUGUACAUGGACAAAUGCAGGAUAUUGCCACACUGCUCUGUACACAUGUGAAAGGCUUUGUGUCAAGCUAAAAAGCUUUUUCUUAUUAAUGAUUCAACUAAGACAGGUUUAAUUUAUAAAUCAUGUUAAGACCAUGCAAAUGUAAUUAACUCAGUUUAAUUUUAAUAUAUAGUAUUUUAUAAAAAAUGAUGAAUGUAUGGACAUUAAAAUGAUACUUUUUGUUAUGCAUCACUA